AUGUCUUCUGCUCUAUCUUCAAAGACAACCACUGUUAUUCAGAGUGGAUAUCUAUUCAAGAAGGAUGGCAAGUCAAAACUACCAGGUAGAUCACAGGCUUGGAAGAAACGAUUCUUUGUGCUUGACAAUCAGAGUUUGAGCUAUUUAAAAUCGGAGAAACCAGAGGCAAAGUUGUACGGUAAAAUCGCCAUGUCGGACUUACAGGCGAUUCAACAACAUCAGCCAACCGCUACAUCAUCACAUCUCUGGACACUAGACAUUCACACAAAAGAUCGUACAUACUACCUCUCUUCAAACUCUGAAUCAGACAUUAACCAAUGGACACUAAAUCUUACUAGCUUUAUUACUAUAACAACUUCUACCUCUGUUCAAUCAUCGAAAAUAACAUCAAACAACAAUAAUAAUAAAAAUGGUAGUUUCUUUGUAAACAACAACAACAACAAUAGCAGUAGUGACCAAGUUUCUUCAUCAAAAUCGAUUAAUAACAAGAGACAAACAACUGUAUUAUCUACACCAAUUCCAACUUUGUUGAAUCAAUCCAACCCUGUAGUUAGCUCAACAUCGACAACCUCGACCUCAAUCACUACAAAAGCAAUGUCAAAGUCAAUGCCAGUUACAACAUCUACAACAACGACAACUACUAAUUAUUUAAACAAUAACAAUAAUAACAACAACAAUAAUGAUUUUGGAUUUGUUAUGAUAAAUGAUAAUGGUGAACAACCUCCACCUCAACAACAACAAGGACCGAUUAAUUCAUUAAAACAAACCAUUACACAAAUAGUAGUGAAUGCUGUUGCUCCUGCCAAAACACAACAACAACAACCAAAUAAUAUGUCACCAGAUAAUAGUAAUAGCCAAAUGACAACAUCAGUCAAUUCAAAUCCACGUACUGUCGAUCAGUCCGGUAAUAAUAAUAAGAUGAGUCUGUGUGGUGCAUCAAUUAUCGAUUAUGCAAAGAAUUUCAGUUCUGGAUAUAUCACUGCGAUGGUUGCAGUCUCGCCAAAGAAGAUAUGGACAGGUGAUAGCAACGGUAACAUCGUUACAUGGUCUGCUGCAUCUGACAAGCUAAAAAAGGGUUCACAAUGGAAGAAACAUCAACACGCUAUCACAUCGCUCGUUUACAUUCCGUCACAGAAUGCUAUCUACAGUGCAUCGACCGACACUACUAUAUGUGCAUGGCACGAAGACGACUUCACCCUGAUAUUCACACACAAUUCACGUGUACCAAUCUACAGCAUGAUUGAAAUCAACGAUUCACUACUACUUUAUUGUGGAUACAGUGAGAACUUUACAUCUAUUGCAUUGUUAGAUAUAAAUACACAAACAGCUAAAGAUAUACCAUUAAAUUCUUAUAUCCAAAUGAUUGAAACAGAGAAGAAUGCAUCACAACAAGUCAAUCAACAACAACAACAACAAGGAAAGAAGAAAGUCAGAGAUAUAAGAAAGUUUUACAAAAUUAUAAAGUAUGACGAUAGAAUAUUGAUUGCAACUACAUACUCAGAGAUUGUUGUUUGGAGUCCAUGGGAUGGUGAUAUCUGCCAGAUUCUAGAGGUUGGUUAUCAAUCGAUAUCCGGCAUGUCUGUCAUUGGUAAUACUCUGUGGAUAUGUUCAUUACCAGACAAUACAGUAACAGGUUUCUUUGCUCCACAAAUGCCAAACGUUGUUUCUCUAUGGAGUUUAAAUACAUUGAAAAAGAAAAGAAGUUUUGAUUGUACACAUCCAAUUACAUCAUUCAAUAUAUUCAAUGGUUAUGUAUGGGCAGUUAAUAGACAUCAUAUAUCUGUAUAUGAACCAAAUUCAGGUCAAGGUGUAUUUGAAGUAAUAGAUCUUGGUGAAGAUAUGAAUUGUAUAUCAAUGUAUAAUAACGAAUGUGCAUGGGUUGGUGGAAAUCAUUUAUUCAGAUUCAAGUUAACAGAUACAUGGUUUGAACGAUCACUCUUACCACAUGAUUUGAAUCCAGACGUCAAUAAUUGGGAAUAUAUAGAAUCUCUAUUAAAGAAAUUAUCAAAUAGAUUUAAAUAUAAUUAUGAUGGUAGAAUAUUAGAUUUACUUUUGAAUAUCGGUGAAAGUGAACAGCUAUUAGUUUCAUUUCAUAUUAUUAUUGUACAGACGCUAAGAUAUCAUAAUAGAAAUCAAUCGUGUAUUACAGAACAGAUAUUGAUGGGUGAAUCAUUCAGAUUGGAUCGAAUGGCAAACCUUUUACAAUCACAUCUUAAGAAUAGAAAUGAUCCACUUUUACAUUUAUAUACAAUGAAGACUAUCUAUUACCUUUGUAAUUUUAAUAAAUUCUGUACAAAGAUAUCAAUUGAAGUAUUAUUAAAGUUCUCAAUACAAUCAUUACCACCUGCAGUAUUGAAAUAUACUUUAUUGGUUAUUCUCCAAGCUAUUCUCUAUGGAUUCCAGGCACACUUUGCCGUUGAACUUACACCAAAGGAUCUAAAGAUUCGUAUACAAAUCGAGUAUAAAGGACUCUCUGGUGAAGCGACAAUAAGUGAUCCAUCGAUACACGGCAUUUAUUCUAUAGAUUGGAGUGUAUUGGGCAGAGACUGUGACUCUAUAACCAAUCAGAGUCAAGCUACUUUGAUUUGUGAUGUUGAUACAGCUACUGGUUAUCAAUCUGUUAGUCAAAUUAAAAUAAAUCAAUAUUUACCAAAAACCCAAGAAUAUCCAUCAAACAUUACAGAAUUAAAAUUUGCAAACUUGACAACUUUCUACCUGACCAAAGCAGCAGGUGUUGUAGAAAAGCAAAAUAUAAACAUUUUGUCUAUGUUGGAUGUUCAAUCGAAUACUAAAUUAGUUAAAAUAGAAUUUGCAUAUAAUGUAAAUGUUUCAUCUAUGAUAAAUAGGAAUAUGUUUAAAUCACCAAUGCAAGAGGUUUCAGUAAUAGCAACCAACCCUCCAGUAAUAGUUGAUUUACCAGAGAAUGAAAUAUAUAAUACUCUAACCACUUUUGAAGGAUUCUUCCCACGAUUGAAAUUUUUACAACUUAAUCGGUUAAGACCAGAUAUAUCUUUAAUUAUAGACUCAGAUAUAUUGCAAAGUUUAAUUAUUCUAGAUAAAAAAUCAUCUGGUGUUAUAAGGAUUUCUAGAGGUUCAUCUUUAACAACUUUACAAAUCGGUAACCAAUCAGUAUCUCCAGAGAAUUUAGGACUAUUCCCAAUAAAUAAUUUUGUUAGCUAUAAUAAUAGUCAAAAUUUCAAAUUCAAAAACUUAAUUAAUUUAAGUAAAUAUGAUGUAGCUAGAAAUAUCCCUUUCCCAGAUGAAUCAAUGUUUAGCCCUAAUACAUCUUCAGGUGUAUCUUUGUAUCUUGGAAAUGGAGAAACUGUUUCUACUCUACCUUUAUAUAAUUCAAUACGUUUUGCACAAUUUUCUGUAACGGGUUAUCCUGGAUUAACAGGAUCAAUUCCUUCUUCCUUAUGCACUCUCCAAAGAUACAAUCUUGUUUUAACCAAUACCAAUUUAUCAAAAGCUUCUGAUUGUCUUUAUUGUUAUUGGGACUUGGUUUAUUUGACUCUUCCAUCUACAAUCACUCCACCUACACUAUCUUUUGAUUGUGGUAAAUAUCAAUAUUCAAGUGCAAUUACAAUUAAUGGUGAUAACCUUGGAUAUGUUGUUCCACCUGGAAUUCUAUUGGAAAUCAAAAUUCCAAACACUCAAAUGAUAUUUUAUCCAGGAGUGAGAACUUCAGGGACUCAAGAGUUUUCCUUUAAUACUUAUUCUGGUGUUAAGAAUCUAACAAUCAUGUGGAGUGGGGAUACCAAUAGUGUUAACUUGGUUAAAGGUGUUCAAGUUCCCUAUGGAUUGAAUCUUACACUUUUUGGAUCCUUUAAUAUAUAUGAUGAUGUGAAAAUAAUAAUGGAUGGUAUAACAAAUACAGAUAUAUUGGUAUUACUUGAUACUAUGUAUGUGACAUUUAAUCAUGUAUUUGAUGAUGAAAAGAUAUUAAAAAUUCAAAUUCAAUCAAAUUCAAAAACAAACCCAAUAGACUAUAAAUAUAAAAAAGUCUAUCCGUAUAUAAGUUGGAUUUCAAAUGUUACUAGUGAUGGAGGACUAAUAACUCUAAAUGGAAAUUUUGGUGACUAUAGUCAAUCUGGUUUAAAUAUUUUGAUAAACCAAACCAGUAUAUGUGUACCUGUAUCAAGAUCAAACUCUUCAAUAGUUUGUAAUGCUGAUAAACUAUCCUAUGGUGUCGUACCAUUGCUCCUCACAGUUGAUGGAUAUACAUUUUCAACGAAAUUAAAAAUAGAUCCAGCACAGAUUAUCAUAGAUUGUGGAAAUACAAAACCAUUGUGCAAUGGAAAUGGAGAUUGUUUAGCAGCUGGAUAUUGUCAAUGUUAUUCUGGAUUCAAUGGAUAUUAUUGUGAAAAUAAAAUAUUUGAUGGAGGUGUAAUUGGUGAAAAUACAACAAAACCAUCACCAACUUUCAAAGCCAAUGGUGAAGAAUUUUCAUUCAAUAUGAUAUCGAUUGAAGAAUUAGAUUCAUCAAGAAAUGUUAUCAAAUCAAUACCAACAAACAAUUGGAAUUUUAACACAACAAAGAAUUCAACAAAAACAGUAACAAGAUAUCAAUUGAAUCAUACAUCAUCGGAAUUCAUCGAAGCUACAAUUCAAUAUUCAUCGGAACCAAUGAAUGUUGAAUUUGCAGGAUUAUCAUAUGUACUUCCACCAAACUCAAUCAAACUUUCGAUAUCGAUUGAUGGAUGGACUUAUGAAUCACUCCUCAACACUUUAAGAGUUGUAUUUUCGACACAAUUCGAUGAACAAAAUGAUUGUUCAUUCGAAAAGAAUUCAAUUGGAAACAAUCAAAUCGAUAAUUCAAUCAAUUAUUUGAAGAUUGUCAAGAAUGGAAUAUCAUUUUAUGGUAAAUUUUAUGAUGUUUCACUUUCCGAUGGACAACCAACAUAUUCAUUUGUUGAAGUUGUUAAUAACACCAACCCAAAUGAUAUUUCGAUUGGAAUCAAUCUGAGUCAAUGUCAGAGAUGUUUUAUCGAUCCAGAUUUCUCAUUGUUGGUUGCAGUCAAAGAUAAAUGUGAAGAAAAGAGUAAAACAUGGAUCAUCAUCACAGUUGUUUGUGUUGUUGGUUCUGUAUUAUUAGGAUUGAUUGUUAUUGGUGCAUUCUACCUCAGAAAGAAUAGAGCUAAUCUCAAACUAAAAUUUGAGAUUGUGCUUGAAAAAUUCGAAAAAAAAUAA